AUGAGAAGUGUACGGCUCUCAAGAUAUCAUGGCCCUCGACUGUGUCAUCUCCGGCCGGCCCAGCAACACUGGCUAGGCUUUGCUUCGUCCAGUAAAGCUCCGAAUGCUCUAGAUACGGCGUCCAGUGUGAGCGCGGACGAGGCUACAUCUUCAUUCUUGUCAUUUGCCAGCCGUCCGGCUUCGAGUCCGUAUCCAUCUCCACUUCCUCAACGCGCUGCACAUUCAGCCAAGCUUGCAGCCCUACACGCGCGCCUUUCUCUUCCGCGACGCCUUCCACUCGAGACCAUGGCGCGCACGCUAGUUGACCCGUCGGCCGACUCGAAUCCUGACUUCAACAAUGCAUCACUAGCACGUCUUGGAGGAAGCCUUGUCUCCUAUUAUGUCGGAGAGUCACUUAUUUGUACAUAUCCUCGCCUUCCCAUCAGCGUUCUCUUUGCCGCCGCUUACGCCUACAAUGGACCUAAUACUUUGGAACUGAUUGCGCGGGAAUGGGGAGUUGAAACUGCUGCCUGCCCUGGAUCGGAAGUUGAUCCUGGCUUACUCCAAUUCGCCAAACUUCCACCGGGCACCGAUUUAAGCCAAGAAGGGGCCAGUAGUACCCGACCUGAUCGACAAUCUUAUUUCCGCCGAGGUAUGACGAGUCGACUCGUCUACGAUGAUGAAUUCGGUGACAAGAUCCCGCGGGCAGGCGUUGAGACAGCUCCACUGCCCAGCAACGCUGCCCACGCCCGAUUUGUCAAGGCUGUCAUAGGUGCUUUAUAUCUUCACGCUGGACAAGAGGCAUCCAAAACGUUCGUACUCCAGCACAUACUCUCCCGCCAUCUCGACGUUUCUAGUCUCUUCCAGUUCCAGAACCCGAUCCGUGAACUCGCACGCUUAUGUAAUCGGGAAAAUUUUGAACUACCUGUGGCGCGCAUCAUCAGCGAGAGUGGUCGCUGGUCACGUUCACCUGUCUAUAUUGUUGGUGUUUAUAGUGGUGCAGAUCUACUUGGUACCGGGUCAGGCGCUUCGUUGCCCGAAGCUCGCAUCCGUGGGUGCGUGGCUGCAUUGAAGAGUUGGUAUUUGUACAGUCCUGUACCUUGCGAGAGAUCACCUAGUAUGAUGGAAGAUCCGUCGAACAAAACAGAGUGGAAGCCGGUGCACAUUGAUCAUGGAGAGAUUGUCCUCUCGUGA